AUGUCUACUGCCGACGCAAACAUGGCCAGUAUCGAAGAGCGCCGUCAAAUUGUCAAAACACAUCUCAAAGGGGUCCACGACUCUCACGAGAGCAUCAAAGAGGACAUCGAAGUAGACCUCGACUCGCUUGGAAACAGUUACAGGCUCUUAUUCAUUCAUGAGCGCUUGAUCAAAGUGCUGGAGAAGAGACUGGAGAGGCUACACAACUCCGGUAAUACAUCUUCAGAUAAGCCUAAGGAUAGCAGCGAACCUGAGGAUGACAGCGAGCCUGAGGAGAAGAGCGAGCCUGAGGAGAAGAGCGAGUCUGAGAAUAACAGCGAGCCUGAGAAUGAUAACGAGUCUCAGGAUAACGACGAGUCUCAGGAUAACGACGAGUCUGAGGAUAACAGCGAGCCUGAGGAGAAGAGCGAGCCUGAGGAGAAGAGCGAGCCUGAGGAGAAGAGCGAGUCUGAGGAUAACAGCGAGCCUGAGAAUGAUAACGAGUCUCAGGAUAACGACGAGUCUGAGGAUGACAGCGAGCCUGAGGAUGACAGCGAGUCUGGGGAGAACGGAGAAGAGGACGAGUCCAAGAGUGACGCCAUUUCUGAGGCGGACAGCGAUAACUCAUCAGAGGUUGAAAUCCAAAGGACAGCUACAGCUAGCCCAGCCCACCAGAACGCUGACCAGAGGCAAAAGAGCGAUGGUGCGAAGAAGCGACGCAGAGACGAGUCUGAGGAUUUGGAAAGCGAUCAGGAAAGCUCUUUCAGCAAGACAAAGAGAUCGAGACAUCAUGCUGGCGGCUACGUCUCUGCUUUCGACGAGGAGGAUCUGAAGCUGGUCAGGUUCUUCCGGAGGAUGUCUCAGCUGUCCACCGAGCGCCAGAUCGACAGCUUCAAAUGGAUUCAUCCUGUUGGGAAGAAGAUGAUGGUGGGAUGGAUGGAUGUGGUUGAGUCCUUCCAGAACAUGACCAUCACAGCGGCCAAGAGAUAA